UUAGUUGGAGUAUUAUUCAAGCGCCAUGAAAUUCCUAGUUGUCAUCGUUGCCUUGGUCGCCACAAUCCUGGCUGAAGAUGCUCCCAUCUUCAAAGACUACCAUCAGGAGAUUGGAAUAAACCUCGCAGCUAAGAUCAAGGCCCGUGAAGAAGCGGCUGACUUCGAUGGCUCAAGGAUCACCGGAGGAAAUGCUGCAGCACUCGGUGCUCACCCUCAUUUGGGUGGUCUGGUGAUCUUGCUGACCAACGGUUGGACCUCAGUUUGCGGUUCCUCUCUUCUCUCCAAUUCCCGUUCGAUCACCGCUGCCCACUGCUGGAGGCAUGGCAACAGCCAAGCCGUUCAGUUUACUGUAGUUUUGGGAUCCACUACACUCUUCUCUGGUGGUCUUCGCAUCCAGACCAACGGUGUUGAAGUGCACGCUAACUACAACGAAGGCAACUUGAACAAUGACAUCGCUAUUAUCAACGUUGGCUGGGUUACUUACACAAAUGUAAUUCAACCCAUCACUCUGCCUACAAACCAGGUCAACAACAACUUUGUUGGCACGUGGGCAUGGGCUGCAGGUUUCGGCGCCACCGGAGACAACAGUCCCAUAACCAACAAUCAGUUUCUGAGUGAAGUCACCCUGCAGGUGAUCACCAACGCCGUGUGUGCCGCCACCUACGGCAGCUCUGUCGUCGCCAACUCCGUGAUCUGUGUUAGCGGCCAGGGUCGCAGCACUUGUGGUGGUGACUCCGGUGGCCCCUUGUGGGUUUGGAACGGCAAUGAGCGCGCUCUGAUCGGUGUCACUUCCUUCGGCCACAUCAGCGGCUGCCAGACCAACUUCCCAGCCGGCUUCGCCAGGGUAACCUCCUUCAUCGCUUGGAUCCAAGCUCGUCUUUGAAUCACCAUAAACAACGGCAUCUAUAUUGGAAAUGUGAUAACCUUCAAUUUAAAAUUAUCUAUAAUAUACAGAUUAGGUAUUUACAACUGUUAUUUAAUUUUAGUUUGUGUUCAUUAAAAUUUAAUUUAUACUUUUA